GCUCCUCCGUGGUGGUGUGUUCCUCCGUUCCUCCACAUCCUGGUGAGGUGAGCUGCGCACAGACAGCACCAGACGGACCAGCGUGGGUUAGUGCGGAUACGCGGCAGAGCGCACGGCUUUGGCUCCACUGAGGACUGUACAGCGCAAACUCCAACACAAAUGGAUAUUUACCUGGCUUUCUUAUCUCUUUUCUUUUUAACCAAACCAGCUUUGGCUUUCGGAUCAGAUCAAGACUACCAGAUUGAUAUCAUCAAUGAACUUGACCUGGCAAAUGCCACCUAUGGAAUUACCCAAGUGGCGGGGCUUCACAACAGCAGCAAAGCCUUCCUGUUCAGAGAUGUGGGGAGGGCGGUCCUCGCUCCGGCGCACAUCACAGAGAAAGUAGUGCAGCUGUUCAGGAGUAAAAGCGAGUUCACCUUCCUGGCCUCCAUCCAGCAGAAGUCGUCCACGUCGGGAGUCAUAUUCUCCAUCCACGAGUCAGAACACAGUUACUUCGAGCUGGAGAGCAGCGGGGUGAGGGAGGAGAUCCGCUACCACUACCGCUUCAAAGGCAAACCGCGCUCUGAGUCCUUCCCCUACCGCCUCGCCGACGGCCAGUGGCACAAGAUCGCCCUCACCAUCAGCGCCUCGCACCUCCUGCUGCAUGUGGACUGCAACAGGAUUUACGAGCGGGUGAUCGACCCCCCUCAGAUGGAGCUCACUCCAGGCAGCGGAGUGUGGCUGGGCCAGCACAGCCACAAGCAUGGCCUGUUUAAGGGAAUUAUCCAGGAUGUGAAGCUAAUUUUCGCUCCCAACGGCUACAUCACACAGUGUCCUAACCUCAAUCGCACAUGCCCAACCUGCAGCGACUUCCUCAGCCUGGUGCAAGGCAUCAUGGACCUGCAGGAGCUACUGGCCAAGAUGACACUGAAGCUGAACUAUGCCGAGUCCAGGCUGACCCAGCUGGAGGGCUGUCACUGUGAGCGCACCUGCAGCGCCAACGGACUCGUCUACAGGGACAAGGAGCUGUGGGUGGAGCCUGAGAACUGCAGGAACUGCGCCUGUAAGAAUGGUGUGGUGGAGUGUCGCAGGAUUUUCUGUCCUCCGGCAAACUGCUCCGAGGACUCGCUGCCUGUACACGUCGAUGGGACCUGCUGCAAGAAAUGUAGACCCAAAUGCACCUACAUGGGCCAGAGCUUCUCAGAAGGACAACGCUUCCUGUCCAGGAGCUGCAGGGAAUGCAAGAACGGCCUGAUGGUGAAAGUCACAGAAACCUGUCCAGAGCUCAACUGCACUGUCAAUGAACAGAUUCUACCAGAUGGCAGAUGCUGCAAUGUUUGCAAAGGUUAUGACUUCUGCGCAGAGGGACUCAUUUGUGGAGAAAACUCUGAGUGUAAAAACCGGAAUACCAAAGCGGAGUGCGAAUGCAAGAGUGGCUACGCGUCCAUCCACGGGGAUUCGACUUACUGUGAAGAUAUCGAUGAAUGCUCCACCCAGAUGCAUUACUGCCAGUCCAACACGGUGUGCAUCAACCUGCCGGGCAGCCAUCGCUGUGACUGUUUACCAGGCUUCAUCAGAGUGGACGAGUAUUCCUGCACCGAGCAUGACGAGUGCGCCAGCAGCCAAAAUUCAUGUGACGAGAACGCCAUCUGUACCAACACCAUCAGAGGACACCUGUGUACCUGCAAGCCGGGAUACGUGGGAAAUGGAACCAUGUGCAGAGCUUUCUGUGAGGAAGGAUGUAGGAGUGGAGGAACCUGUGUGUCUCCAAACACCUGUGUCUGUCCUUCAGGGUUUACUGGACGUCACUGUGAGACAGAUAUCGACGAGUGUGCUGAGGGUCUGAUCGAGUGCCACAACCACUCCCGCUGUGUCAACCUGCCCGGCUGGUACCACUGUGAAUGCAGAAGUGGUUUCCAUGACAAUGGCUCCUACCUGCUCGAUGGGAGCUCCUGCAUCGAUAUCGACGAGUGCAGUUUGCAGACACACACCUGUUGGAACGACAGCGUGUGCGUGAACCUGCCGGGCGGAUACGACUGUGUGUGUACGUCCGGUCCAGGCUGCAGCGGCGACUGUCCACAGGAAGAGGGCGUCAGACGCAACGGAGAGGACUGGAAACCCAGCUUCGACCGCUGCGCCAUCUGCUCCUGCAAGGACGGACAGACGUUCUGCCGGAGGAGACCCUGCGACUGUUCGGACCCGGUCGAGGACCUGUUCUGCUGUCCUGGAUGUGACAACAGACCCAGUAGUCAGUGUCUGGACCAGAGUGGACGUACACUGUACCGCAGCGGAGCCACAUGGUUGUACGGCUGCCAGCAGUGUCGCUGCAUGGAGGGGGAGGUGGACUGUUGGCCUCUGGUUUGUCCCGUGGUCAUGUGCGAGUACACGGCGGUGGCGGAGGGCGAGUGUUGCCCACGCUGCGUCGCCGACCCCUGCCUCGCCGACAACCUGUCGUACGACAUCCGGCAGACGUGCCAGGACCCGGCGGGCGCCACCCGCCUCAGCGGAGACACAUGGCAUAUGCCCAACUCGCCCUGCACCACCUGCAAGUGUAAGAAUGGAAACGUUUGCUGCUCAGUGGAUCUCGACUGCCUUCAGAACAACUAAAGCCCCUCCUCUUCCUCCUGGUCCUUCAGUGCGGGACCGCCUCCUCCACCUGACGACUCUACCCUUCGGAUCUGAACUACAGACUGACACACAACGUGCAUGCCGGCCUGUGCACACUGAACACAAACACACACACACACACACACACACCGGACAGACUGGAUGUGUUAAUGCUGCGCUUCUACGCUGUAACAUUCGACCAGUGUGUGUGUGUCUCAGGAGGAGAUAGACGCCGCCGCCCGCCACCGUCACUGUGUCGCGUUUGUGUUUCCAUUUUUAAACGAACCACAUUAGUUUACGGAGCGUCGUUAAGAGUAGACGAUGAUCGGCUCGUCUGCGAAUACGAUGCGAACAAAACGUGAUGCACCCGGAGUUUGUACAAUCAGAUGGAAAACAAACAAGACGUAUGAAACUCUAAGCCAUCUGUUUGUAAAUAAUACUGUUACUUUUGGUAAAGUAAUAUUUUCAUUUCUCUCCGUUCGCAUUAAAACCAGUUAAAAUAAUACGAACAAUGCAGUGACCUCAGAUGACCUAAAGGCGAUUAUUAAAGGCAAUAUAUCAAGUAAUUGUACACGUUAAUGUUUUUUUUUUAACAAUGUAAAAAAAUCUAAAUGAGCAUGAAAAUAGAAUUCCAAGCUGCUCGGGUGGGUUAUAUUUAGAGAAACUAAACAUUUCUGAGAUUAAAAUUAUACACGUAUAAGAGGAAAACCUCAGGGUGAAGCUGUAAAUUUACAAGAACAUUUGGGUUAAACUCUAAGAUAAAAAGUUAUAAAUGACUGUCUCUUUUUUCCUGGUUUUCCUUCACCUCCACUCACUCCUAAAGGUUGUUUUUCUUUCUCCUAAAUUGACCCUAAUGCUCAAUAAUCAACAAGAAAUUAACCUGUAAAUUGCUACAAAUUCAUUGUGCGUCUCUCCAUAGUUUUAAUGAAAUCUAUUAUACAUUUAUGAAGAAGUCUACCAGAAAAAGACAUAAAUAUCAGAUUAUUUUAGGCCAAAUCACUCAACUUUGGUUCCAGAUUUCAGUGUGGGUGCAGAACGUUUUGUGAAAUAUCGCUGUGUAUAAAUGUUUUAUCAUCCAUUAUCACAUUAUGACUGAACGGCGUCGUCAGAGGCUGAGACUCUGAGUCCAUGUUUAACGUGUUAUUAAUGGACCAAUGAGUCCAUUGUCCAGAAACGGUCACUUUUAAACACUCUGGGUGUUUCUUACUGUCAACAGAAUCUCAUGACAAAUCAAACCAAUCAAAGUGAUCAGUUACAAACACAAUUUAAUAAUUAAAUCGGUGUGUGAUUUCCCUGUUUCUCCGCUCUCAUCCAAAAACAGAAUCAUUCGCAUUUACUCUCGUGCUCCCAUGACCUACUUCAAUACUUAACGGGAA